UUUCUAAAAUAUCUCGGAGUUAGGAGAGAUACAUUGACCGCACGUGAGAGAUACUGACAUGGCUGGGGCACCUCCUGACAAGGUUGGCAAAGCAGCAGCCGGCUGUAAUUUCGUGGCCCAAGAUCAGAUUUGGAAGGACCAUGUCCAACACGAGGAGGAUGCGUCGAAGACCUGGCCAAGGAGUUGGGGCUUCCUUACCACGAAAUAUGAGGAUUUGGUGAAAGACGACUUUCCGGAUUGGGACAAAAAUAAGAAGACUGAGCCAAUGUUCCAAAUGAAACCAGUGACACCGAUCGAGGAUUACAUCCACGUGGAGCCUUCACCAAAACCCUUCCCUAAAACUACGGCACGUGAUAUCGGCUGGAGGUCUACAAACCCAACUAACAAACUGGAGAAAUACGGAAAGUACGCUAAACCUAAAGGAGGACUUAUCCGCCAACUUAACUGGCCCACAGAGGCCAUCAACUAAUGUAGGAUACAUAAUUUCAUAAAAGGUUAAUGAUGAACUUUGAGGGGGUCUACAACAUUUCUCGUCAGCCAGUGGUGGAAGGGUAGCCGAUCUCGGGAUACCUAUCGGAGAGGU